UCUCUCUUCUUUUCCACCCCUAUUCCUGCAUUCACUCCGUCUCUAGGUGUGGCUUCUAUCGCAUUCUGCUUUGCUCAAUUGCCGUCCGGCCGGCUUUCAUCCGCUCAUUUUGCGCUUUGCUCCACCCAUUCGAGACCCAUAGCCCGCAGCUUGGGCGCUUACACUGCCGCGCACCUCUCGUUUUCCCCGGGACGCAUCCUCUGCACGAUUCAGGCACACUCUUUCUCUCUGCUGCUUCGGUCUCCCCCGCUUGAUGCGCCUGACCAGCCAGUGCUGAACUUCAUAUCGUCUUGAGAUUGUUCCCAUCGAAGCAUAGUUGGGCGGAUACGAGGUCAACUCUGGAGCCUAACACCGAUCAGACUCUUCAAUUUGCGGAGGGGUGUGCCAUCUCCGUCUGUUCCACAAUUUGCAUCGGUUCCUGCAUCUCCUGAAUCGAGAAUUAGCGUUCAUCGUCCUCUCACGUCGUGCCAACGUCCGAACUUCAAUACAUUUCGUUCUCUACUUGACUCCGGAUCGUUCGCCUGUCGGCCGCUGUCACAAUGCCUGGUUUCUCGGAUUCCUUUUGGACACCCGACUAUGCCACGGGCCUGGGGGUGCUAUACGGGAAGUUGCAGCAGGGUGUGGUGGAGAAUAGACAGAUUCUCACUAUUGCAUCUAUGCGAGCAGAUGCGGAGGAGCAGUAUGGUCUCCGCAUGGGCGAUAUCGCACCCAGUGUCGAUCGCAUGUCUGCCGCGGGUUUCGGCAAGGACGACGGUGCGAGUGUGAGGAAGGCAUACGAAGGUGUCCGCACUGAAAUGAUCGAGGCCUCGCGCAACCACCAGAAGAUCGCCAGCAACAUCCGAGAACUUGUCGUGGCGCCCUUUCGACGCUGGAGUGAUCAGCAUGACUACCGUGUCCAGACCUCCCACGAUAACCUCCAGGCGCGGAUCAAGGAACAUACCAAGCAGGUGGAUUUGGUCAAGAAGCUGCGCAGCCAUUACUUCAACAAGUGCCGGGUGGUAGAGGAUUUGGAAGAGGAGAAUAAGCUCGCCUUCCAGGACCCCGAUAACAGCCCCAAGAUCAAGCCCACCCCGAAGAUUGUUCUACCCACCCCCGAAGAAGAACCCGAGGAGGAUCCAUAUGAGAUUGGCGAUCGAAUCUAUCCACCUGAGGAGAUCAAGAGACUUCUGCUGCACAUGCUGGACAAUAUCAGACUUGGAGACGCCAAGGUUCCUAUCAUCGGUACCUAUCAAAACACCUCGUCUGGUGCAGAGAUUGUGGAGUAUAUCCAAAACAACAUGGGUGCGACCAACCUCACCCAGGCAGAGGCGAUUGGCCAGGAUCUCGUCGACAAUGGAUUCCUCCGCUUAAUCGGAAACAUGGGCAGCACCUUUGCCAACAGCUCAAAGAUGAACUACCAGUGGCGUCCUAAGGUUUUCCAGAUCACCGGGAUUCCCGAAAAGAAGAAGCCUUUGAUGCGCGUGACUUCUGUGGCUUCGAGCGAGGAUGGCAACGGCGGCGAAUCGCCCAUCACAUCCGUUCAGGAAAUGUUGGCUGGCUGGAACCCUCUCAACAACCCUUAUCCUAACGAGACCCCUUCGGAGAAGCUGCGCAGAGAGGCUUUCGAGGCCGACGAGAAAUACAAGGCUGCUGUUCGGAGACUGGAUCAGAUCAGGUGCCGUCUGGAGGAAGAGGUUAUUGAGAACUUGCGCUUCAUGGAGCAGUGUGAGCUUGAUCGCCUAAAGGCCAUCAAGGCCGUGGUGCUGGACUUCUCCGGUGCCAUCAGUAAUGUCAUCCCCAACCUCCAGAGCACCGUCGAUCACAUGAUGCUGUACCAAGAGACGAUCCAGCCUCUGGGUGAUCUGCGAUAUCUGCUGGAAAAUUAUCGCACUGGUGGGUUUAUUCCUCGAGUGCAGGCAUACGAGAACUACUAUGGUUCCGUUGAGGAGCAAAACUUCGGUGUUGAUCUCGAAGCCCGUGCCCGGGUUGAUCGCAAGCGUGUCCCGAUCCUAGUGACCACCAUUCUGACCUAUCUGGACAACGCCUACCCCGAGCUUGAGGGUGACGAGGCUCGACGUGGGAUCUGGCUCCACAACCCUCCUCUUACCCAAACACAUCAAUUGCGGAAUGCCUUGAAUAACAGCAAGGUUGAUUAUCGCGAAGUCCUCCCCAAAUUUGAGAUACCCAUUGUUGCCAGCGUUUUGAAAUUGUACCUUCUUGAACUGCCAGACUCUCUUGUUUCUUCGCAAGUCUACGAAAUCGUCAAGACGAUCUACUCGACCACCGCUCACGAGACCACGGAAGAGGGACGGAUCAAGGUCCUACAAAGCACUCUCGGACAGCUCCGUCUCGUCAACAUUGCUACGCUUGACGCUAUCAUGACCCAUUUCACCCGCCUGAUUGACCUCACUUCCGCCGAGGAGCAAUACAUUGCUACUCUUGCCCAGGCAUUGUCUCCCUGUGUUCUCCGGCCCCGUACCGAGAACAGUCUCACCAUGGAUGAGCGCCAUAGUUACCGCUUGAUUCGUGAUCUGUUCGCCCACAAGGAUUCUAUCUUCGGCGAGCUGAAGCGUCAGUCGAGCGCACUGGGCAUCUCUACUUCGAGCCGUCCUCGCGCCAUCAGCACGGAUGAGAGCAACCGUCGGGCAGCUAUGGAAGCUCGCCAACGCGCCAUUGUCAACCGUAGCCGGGCUACUAGCCCUGCCCCCGGCGCACGACACCGCCGUGAUCGCUCUAGUGGUGCCUCCGCAGCCACCCGUUUCCCUAUCAACGUUACUAGCCCGCAGGACCGCUCCCGGGCCGCCGCUCGCGCUAGCCUGGAUGUUCCUCCCAAGACCGAAUCACCCACCACGACCGAGGAUCACCCUACUGUGAACACCCAUGUUGCUGAGACUGCCAUCAAUGGAACCUCCACCGAGUCUCCAGCCUCUGCCGCUCCCAGUGUUUCUUCUGGCACAACAAGUCCCCCUCCCCCUCCAGAGACUGCCUCAGAGGGCUCUCCAACUCCCACUCCCACUCCGGCUCCUACAUCCAGUGAGUUCGACAAGCGCAGUUCCGUCCGGUCCGUCGGUGCUCGAUACACCCGCAAGCCCGGUCUCGGUAGCAUCUCUAGCUUCCCCGCUGGUGCGGGUGCCCCGGAGUCGGAUAGCAAACGAAGCAGUCUCGCUGAAAGUGAGCCCAAAGGUGUGACAUUGGAGGAUAAGCCUAUGGAUGACUGAAGAAGAGAGGCUACGGUUUGACGUUUCUCAUUCAUGUGUUCUCCCAACAGUUCUGUAUAGAUUCAAAAACAUAUGUGGUCCUGCCUUCUAGGGCUUACAUUUCCUGUCUUAUUCUUGUGCUUUCGAUCUUCUGCGUGGAUAAUCUAUUGGUAUAGCAGGCACUCAUACCCCAUUCUAUGCCUUGCAUUGCCUUCGUGUUUGUGCUUCCGAGUCUUCUCAUUCUUCCCAUAUUACCUAGUUCUAUUCCAGCCCGUUUCAUGUUUCCAUACAUUUCUUUCUAUAGGGCUCUGUUUAUUAGUCUCCCU